AUGAAAACAACGCUGAGAGCUGUGAUUGGAAAACAAACAAUGGAAGAUGAGAGUUUUCGAACUAUAAUAUAUGAAAUAGGAAGGUCUUGUGCCCGAAAGACACAAAUAUUGUUACAACAACAACCACCUUGGAUACUUCAAGCUGAGGAUAUCCAUAAGGAACUCGAAUUGACUCGAAUGUACGCAGAGAAGAUUUACUGCGGAACUGGGCAAUCGACAUAA